UUUAUUGAAAAGAGAAUUGAAAUACAGAAAAGUGAAAUUACUUUCCAGUAUUUAAACUGCCAUUAAGUGGGCUUUCAUGUGUCUCCUAUACUGUAUUAGAGACUUACUCUACUCCAGCAUGUGUGUCCUAUAUUAUAUCGUACUCCUGGCACACACAUACUCACAUUUACACUUCUGUACCUACCACACUAGUGCUUGGUGUUAUAAAACAGAUCCUAAGUCUCAUGACACUGGGGUCUCAACUCAAGCUUUCUGCAGGAGGAUUGCCGAGUUUAAUUUAAAAAAAAAAAAAGAUACCCAGCUAAAUUUAAAUUUCACACAAAGGAAAAUUAAAUAUGCCCAUGUAGCUUAUGCAACUUUUUAAAAAUCUCAAAAUCAGAUUUAAUUGGAAAAUCUUCAUUGUAUUUGGCGACUCUAUCCACGAUGAAAAUUUCAAUUAUUCUUUCAAGUUCAAAAUCAAGUUCGCUCCGAGGGUAUAGUGCUGUGGCAUAGAGCAUUCACCCUCUCUACCAAACAAAUAGAAACAAAUUCAAGCAUCAAUCAAGUCUUCAAAGAGGUUUCCGGGCAGCUUUUUCACUUCUGUUCUUCACAUUAAAGUACAGCUACCCAUAAAAGUGUUUACUUUGCGUGGACACUUAAUGCUUCCUGAUACGAACCUUGAUUUUCUUUUUUUCUUUGUUUUUGUUUGUUUUCCAUAUAUAGUUUUUUUUUUUUGAACCUUGAUUUUCCUAGGGGAACAGUUUUAUUCAUCUCUGACCCCAACCAUGAAAGGAUGUUGACGACUGAAAUAGUUGUUAUGAAUAAAUAUUUACUAAGAGCUACUAGGUGUAAGUCCUGAAUAGAGAAACAUCAUUUGUAAUUUGCCUUCUGUAUGCUAUAUGUGGUGCUAGUAAUUUCGUUGAAUGCCCAUUAAAUCCCAUUUAAUAAAUACCCUCUUUGACGGAGGGUAAUCUUAUCCUGUUGAGGGCUUUAACGUUUGGUGUAAAUAACUAACGCCAUUCUAAUCUUUACGUCUCCUUUCUGAGAAUGUUGGUCCUUGAUCUGGUUGGUUAGAGUUCCGGUUUCCCAUAGAAACCAAAGGUCCCUUAAGAGCGUAGAGGAACAGGAAGUUCGGGUUUCUCUUCCGGUUCCUGCCGGAAGUUGACGCCAAGCAUCCGCACAUGGAUUCCCCUGGGGAUCAUGCCGCUCGUCGUGGUUUGCGGGCUGCCGUCCAGCGGCAAGAGCCAGCGGACGGAAGAGCUCCGUCGGGCGCUGGCCAGCGAGGGCCGCGCGGUGUAUGUGGUGGACGAUGCUUCGGUGCUGGGCGCGCAGGACCCGACUGUGUACAGCGACUCCGCGGGUGAGAAGGCGCUGCGGGCUGCGCUGCGGGCCGCGGUGGAGCGGCGCCUGAGCCGGCAGGACGUGGUCAUCCUGGACUCGGUGAACUACAUCAAGGGCUUCCGCUACGAGCUGUACUGCCUCGCCCGGGCCACGCGCACGCCGCUCUGCUUACUUUACUGCGUGCGGCCGAACUGGCCGAGCCGCGGGCUUCGGGAGGCUUGGGCCUCCGAGAACCAGGACCCGGCUGUCAGCGUGAGCUGGAGGCCGCGGGCCGAAACCGGCGGGAAGUCUCAGGUGGUUGGCGCUGUGGAGGAACAGCGCGCCACCAGCCCCGUAGCCAACGGGGGAGUUCUGGCCGCUGUCCCAAAGGAACUGGAUCCAGAAGAAAUCCUGCCAUCAAACCCUUCCGCUGUAAUGACCCCGGGGUCCGAGAAAUCUGCAGAGCCUGCGUCCUGUGCCUUUCCUCCCGAGGUUCUGGAGUCCUUAGCGCUGCGCUUUGAGGCGCCCGACUCCCGGAACCGCUGGGAUCGCCCCUUGUUCACCGUGGUGGGUUUAGAAGAGCCAUUGCCCCUCGCGGAGAUCCGGUCUGCCCUGUUUGAGAAUCGGGCUCCCCCGCCCCAUCAGUCUACACAGUCUCAGCCUCUAGCCUCUGGAAGCUUUCUGCACCAGUUGGAUCAGGCCACGAGCCAGGUGUUGACCGCUGUGAUGGAAGCCCAGAAGAGCGCUGUGCCGGGAGACCUCCUAAAGCUCCCUGGCACCACGGAGCCCCUCCGAUUUACCCGACCCUUGACCUUAGCAGAAUUGAGUCGCCUCCGUCGCCAGUUUAUUUCCUACACCAAAAUGCAUCCCAAUAACGAGAACCUGCCUCAAUUGGCCAACAUGUUUCUUCAGUAUCUGAACCAGAGUUUGCACUAAUGAGGUAGUGGGCAGCAGCUGUGGCUCGUGUCUGACUCUUCCACUGUACUUUGUCCAGGAAGAACAGUCCGAAGGUCUGCAAAGCAUACUGUAGUAAGAUGGCCAAGUUUUGACUCGUUUUCUUAACUGCCACUGCCAUACCCUGAGUGUGUAGCAUAAGCUGAGGCAUUGAGUGGUAGCUUCAAAAACACUAGGGGGCUUCGGUUGGAGUCUACUUGGGAAUACUACAUACCACUGUUGGCCUUCCAUCGGGGUGGAGAAUUAAGUCAACUGUGAGUAGAAACCGAAGAUAACAGUUUUGUAUUCAUAAUGGCCCUUUCGUACUCCCAAGUACUUUUGAGCACAGAGCCUCUUGCUUCUGACCUGGCACUUCGAACACAUAUCUUUUGUUCUGUCCCUGGGAAACUGAUAUUUGUGUAAGACAGCCACUAGAUAUUUUCUCUAAUAAAAUCUUCUAAAAUUA